AUGUUAAGUGUAUUGCCAAGAACCCCAUCUCCUUCCCCGUUUCUUCACAGCCCACAAACAAACUCCCAUUCCCUCUCCGCUUCAACAAUUCAUCUCUUUCAAUUUUCACACUCCAACAAAAAUUCCCUCAAUAAUUGUCUCCCAAACAAUCGCACCGAAAGGGGCUUAGAAUUCGACAUCGGAGGCACCUUCUUCCGCCAUGAAAGCGCCACCGGACGUGACUUGGGCGUCCUCGCCGCCGCGCUUUACCGGAAAUCCAAGGGCCACCUUCGGGUUCUCGACGCUUUGUGCGGUUGCGGCAUCCGGUCACUUCGGUACUUGGUAGAGGCCGAGGCUGAUUUUGUGUUGGCGAAUGACGCUAAUGAUGAAAAUCGGAGGGUUAUUGUGAAGAAUCUAUCGAGGGUUGCGGAAGAUUCUGGGGAUGCUCGACGGUGGAUGGUUACUAAUUGUGAUGCGAAUAGGGUUAUGACGGGGUUUUAUUUGCAGAAGGAUUUCUUUGAUUUUAUUGAUAUUGAUUCCUUUGGCAGUGAUUCGUCGUUUUUGAGGCCCGCUAUUAAUGCGUUGAAAUUGGAUGGAUUACUCUAUGUUACGUCGACGGAUGGCUUCUCUUCCGGCGGUCAUCGGCCUUCUCAAUCUUUAGCUGCAUAUGGAGCAUAUGUGCGUCCCAUGCCAUUUUCAAACGAAAUUGGUUUGCGAAUGCUAAUAGGUGGGGUUGCACGUGAAGCUUCUGUACUGGGUCACUAUGCUACACCACUCUUUUCGUAUUAUUCGUACCAUGGACCUGUUUUUAGAGUUAUGCUACGAAUCAAUCGUGGGAGGGUUUAUAAAAACAGGCAUUAUGGUUUCAUCAGCUAUUGCGAAAAAUGUGGAAAUUCACAAGCUUUUUCAUGGAGUGAGCUUGGACAGAUGAGCUGCCCUUGCAAUGAUUCAAGGGUUUCUGACUCACUUGUGGUUUCGGGACCUCUUUGGACUGGACCUCUACACAGUGCAGACUACAUUGAAAACAUGUUAUCCUUGGCCAAGCAAUGGAAAUGGAUAGGUAAUGGCCAGGGGAAGGAUCUUGAGAAACUUCUGGGGCAGAUGAUGGAUGAGAGUGACUCCAAAUUACCAGUAGGGUACAUCAAAAUGGACGAGGUGGCAAGCCGGGCAAAGGUAAAUUCACCUCCCCUCAAUACCAUGAUGAGCGAGAUGAUCAAGGCUGGAUAUGCUGCUAGUAGGUCUCAUAUUGCCUCAAAUGCAAUCAAGACAAACUGUCCUAUGGCAGAAUGCAUCAGAAUUGCUCUUGAACUGCAGCAGAAUUGUCUUGGUUUUCAUCAAGUCACAUGAAUGUCGUAGCGAUAGCUUUUGAAACUACAACUCUUCAUAGGCAAACGAGAACGAAAUAGUCAUGUACAUGAGAACAAAAUAUAAUCUCACGGUGGUCAUUGAAGCAGUUGAACUUUGAUUUCGAAGAACAAUAGCCAAGCGAAGCUCAAGUACAUGAUUUGAUAAAGGACCUGCCCACGCUUUAUGUAUACCUCUCAUUGAGCCAUUGUAAGAUGUUUUCUUCCUAGGCACCAAAAUGAAAUAUUAAUCUAAAGAAGUGUAGGCUGAUAGUAAAAUAUCUCUUCUCAAUUUUCAGUUGAACUUGCUGACAAGCUAACCUAAUAUAUAGGUUAAGGUUACAUUAUGAGUUUAGUACUUAAAAAGCACGUAAAAUUUUCGAUUUUGUAUGUAAUAGAAUAUUGUUAAAUUCGUCAAUUUAACGCUCCUUACAUGUUGACUAAAUUUGUAAGGACAAUGGGCGAAUUCGUAACGAGUAGGUUUAGUGUGUUUUUGCAAGUUGUUA